ACACCAUGUAUGGUAUUCCUGCUGAAAGCUGCAGAUUCAGGGUUACUCUGGACUUCCUGCUCUUCUACUUGGAGGGGAUGGAGGACAUACCUGCAGAGAUCAACAUCAGAUCAGACUGAACUCACUGAGGAAAUGGCUCCUCAAUAGUCUCUGAAAGAUCUUUUUUUGCACCUCUCUGUGGUUGCUGAGUGUUGUGAGACACACUUCCUGUUUGUGUGACAGGAAGAACAGUUAGAGCGGCGUACAGCGGAGUUCGGACGCUGUGGAGUGCAUGAAGAACGAUCAGCACAGGUUCUUCAUCUGAGGCUUAAACUGAUCGAUCAGAGCUUUGCCAUAGACCCGUCUCAACCAGAGCCCCCCCCUGCAACCAUGAAGGAAGAUAAAAGAAGCCUGGAGCCCCCUCCUUCAGAGGACCAGCUUAAUGAAGCCUCCGGGCCAAAAGUACCCCCCCCAGUGGCCCCGAAACCAGCCUGGUUUAAUCCAAGUCUGAAGAAAAGACGAGACAACCAGGAUCAGAUGAGGCAAGCUAAUCAUUCAGCAGAGGUGGCUGCAGCUGGAGUCAGCAGAAGCCUGGGGGGCAGGUCCUCCUCAGGAGCAGCCACCAUGUCCAUCAGGCAGAAGAUUCACUCCUUUGAGACGUUUUCUAGUCCAGAAGCUCCGGACAAAAGAGCCGGCAGGAGAUCCACCACUCCUUCCAACUCCUUAUCUUUGAAAGAAAAGCAGUGUACGAGUCCGAGUCACCCUCCUCCUGCUUCAGACAGAGAUGAUGGCAAGAGCAAACAAAACCUCUCCGAUGAGACGCAGUCAGAGCGGUCUGCAUCCGUCCUGACCGAGGACGUCUCUGCUCCACCCUCUGCUGUUCAAUCAGUCCUUCAUGAAGAGUCAGAGCGGUCUGCAUCCGUCCUGACCGAGGACGUCUCUGCUCCACCCUCUGCUGUUCAGUCAGUCCUUCAUGAAGAGUCAGAGCGGUCUGCAUCCGUCCUGACCGAGGACGUCUCUGCUCCACCCUCUGCUGUUCAGUCAGUCCUUCAUGAAGACAGCGAUCAAACUGAAGCGGAGUCCCCUGAGGACCAGAUCUCUGGAAACCACCUCUCUAAUGAUGUCCCCUUCUCUGACACCAUCAGCGACUCUGUGAUGGAGGAGAGUUCAGACAGGAAAGUUCAACAGUCCAACCAAGAAGCUGAGGUGAAAGAGCAGGAUCUGACCACCUCCACAGAAGCCCAGCCUUCAUCAGUCAGAGUGGAUCAACAGAAGGAGGUGAAACACUCAGACCAGACCUCUGGAGAAGACUGUGGAGAGGCCCCAAUGGCAGCUCCUCCCUCUGCAGAGGGCCGGCCCCCGAGGAGCCAGGAGGAGGAACACAUUGGGAAGAUCAUUGCCUUCAGCAACCAGGUUUCACAGGCAAUAAUGCGCUCCCACCCUACUUCCUACCAAGGGAACCCUCCGUCCCAAAGCUUAAUGGACCCCCCAGCGAGGGAGGUAGAUAAUCCCUCGGAGUCUGAGCUGAGUACGGUCUGCACAAAUAAAGGAUUCUCUGUCAGCUUAGCAACUCUGAGAGAAUGCACCAUUGAGCAAGGCAGGGAGAACUUGGACCAGGCAACCUGCCUUCACUCCGUCAUGUCAGGAAUUCCUUCCCAGGAAAUCCGAAAGAUGAUUGAAGAAGCUAAGACUUUGGAAGAAGAGACACUGAAGCAACUGGUGGACAUCCACGUUGUGAUCCUGCAUAAAGAGGAAGGAGCUGGGUUGGGCUUCAGCAUCGCUGGAGGAUGUGACCUGGAGAACAAAGCACCAACGGUGCACAAAGUGUUUCCAUGUGGACUGGCAGCUCAGGAGGGAACCAUCCAGAAAGGAGACGAGGUUCUGUCCAUCAAUGGCCAAACUCUGCGUGGAGUCAAGCACACGGACGCCACGGCUGUUCUACGUCAGGCCCGCAAUCAAACCCUGGCUGUGGUGGUGAUCUGCAAGAGAGCCGAUGAAGAGGGCAAAGAUGGAGGGAGCAGGAGAGGGGAGGAACCCAGUGCUCCCACAGAGGAACAGGGCGUCCCAAUAAGUGUGGACCUGGAGAAAGGUGCUGGAGGGAUUGGCUUUUCUUUGGAAGGAGGGAAAGGUUCAAUCCAAGGAGACAGACCUUUGGUCAUCAACAGGAUAUUUAAGGGUGGAGCAGCAGAGCAAAGCGGUCUGCAGUGUGGAGACGAAGUCCUGCAGGUUCAGGGAGCAGGUCUGCAGGACAUGACCAGAUUCGAGGCCUGGAACAUGAUCAAGGCUCUACCUGAAGGGCCUGUUUCCCUGGUCAUCAGGAGACGGGCAGCAGCAGAGGAAUAAAAAGCUUCUUUUCACAUUUCAUCGCUCAUAAUCUUCUAUUUUUCAGGUCCAGUCAAGGAAAAGAUAGUAUUUCACUAUGCUUAAGACAUAUACAAAAGAAACGUUUGCAUCUGUACUUCUGUCCCGUCUCCUUUACUCUGAUACAGCAAAAUAAAGUCAUGAAUCAAUCAGCUUUGGAACUCGAUUUA